AUGGCAUUACGAGAAGGGCGUGAAGUAGGACUUGUGUCCCGCCAGGGCUCAUCGGGUGCAGAGUGCAAGAAUACGCCAGCUAGCGCCGAGUAUGACUACUCUUACUACACCUUCCACAUAGAUCCAGCAGUCAAAGAAGGAGCUGCAGCUACAGGGCUCACUAAAAUCGGUGUCCUACAGAACUGUGAUGACAAUGGCAAGCUAGCUAACAACCCUGCAGCGAAGACUACCAACUGGGCUUACGUACCACUGGACAAGUUUGGCCCUGAGAAUCCGUACAGAGUUCAGGUAGACCGGUGCAAGAAGCGCUACGAUCGCCAUGUUGCUAGUUACAGCGUAUGGCUGUGCAACAACAACAACUGGUGCGGAACUACGGAUUGUGGCGAGAACAGGGCUAUUUGCACCGAAACCAACACGAAAUCUGUCGAUUUGGUUGAUGACACGGUCUGGAAGUGCGCUGUAUAG